AUGGAGCAUCAGCUGCUACUGCGAGGGGCAUGCUAUGGUGAGGAAGACGUAGUGCCCUGCAACACUCUGACUGACGAUUGCGACGUUCCAUUCCUCAAGUAUCCUAUGUCCAAAGGAUACAAAUUUCUUCGCUCUGAUGAUGCACACACUUGGAUCGAUCUACCAGAAAUGGCAAGAGAGCAACCAUCUCCGGAUUUCAUCCAAUCUUGGCUGUUUUUCGGGUUGCUGCGAGAAAUGCUGGGCCGCUGUCUUCAUAAUUUUGUCGGAAUUGAUUUGUACAGCUACCAGCACUUCAUUUACUGUCGUCAAAGGUCUCAGUUCAAUCAGAGUCAAACAAUCGGAGGGAAUGAAGCCGCUUGCGUUCAGGACGUACUUACUACGAGCAAGCUUAUUGAGCACCUGGAUACCUGGUCAUCAUUGGUACGCCCUAAACUGGAUCAAGCUGAGUCUUUGUUCACACAUCUUCGCUUGUGUAUAGUGCUGAUCGCAGGGAGUACACUGAAUUCUCCAUCACUGGUGCUAGAACCUCGUCUCAUGCAGUGCCUCUGCUCCAUGCUGGAGCUUCUAGGUAUCACACUACAGGAAGUCUCGUCCGGACAGUCUUGGUCUCAGGCCAAAUCCUACGUACCUGCCGUCGAAGGCCUCGUGUGGACGGAUGGAAAAGUCGAAAAAAUGAAGUCGUUAGGAUGGUGUCCGUUCGAGGCCCAUCAACUACCCAGGAUGUAUAACUAUCUCCAAGCUCUACUCUACAUCGAGAAGUUAGAGAAACCGAAGCCUAGAUCCCGAACUGACCGCCAUUCGCAUUGCAACAUCGAAGAAUGCUACGCAAAGGUAAAUUCUUGCGAGUCACAGCAUCGAGACGCUGAAUGUCAUUGUGACGACACGGGACUGCAACCUGCUGCUUGGGCGGUGUUGAAGGAUGUAUUAGCAGGAGGCCAAGUACCUAUCUUGCGAUUAGAGAUGACCGAUCGAGGAGUGGAGGUUGAUGUUGUUGCCAGCAGCUCGGAAAUCGAAUAUGUUGCGCUUUCGCAUGUGUGGGCUGAUGGCCUGGGCAAUCCACGACGUAACGAUCUCAAAGCAUGUCAACUCGAGGAUAUAUGGAGGCGUUUGAAAACCUUCAAAGACGUUUUCAAUACCGGAACCGGCCCUGUCUAUUGUUGGAUAGAUACUAUAUGUUGUCCAUUGGAGGCUCACUUUCAAACGAAAGCAUUGGCCUUGAUGGGCGAAACUUACAGAGACGCUACCGCCGUGCUAGUACUCGACUCCGAGUUGCAAAUGACUGAUUGUAGCUUUCUUGACGACAUGGAAAUUUGUACGCGGAUAGCGUGCUCGACGUGGAUGACAAGGCUCUGGACUUUCCAAGAGGCAUUUCUAGCAAGGAAUCUCUAUUUUCAGUUCAAGGAUCAAGUCCUCAGCUUUGAUGCGCUCAGAUACGUACACAACACGAUUGAUUCCAGGAUUAAUCUUCGGAUGCUGCACAAAGUCAUCAAGAGCAGGAUGAACGGUAUACAGAUUAGGCAAACCAAGGAUACUCUCCGGCCGGAGCAAAGGUUAAUGAUGUUAGCCAAGGCCCUACAGGGUAGGUCUGUGUCUGUGGCUUCAGACGAGCCGCUAUGUUUGAGCACAUUGCUUGAUCUACCAUUACGCCGAGUUGCUGAGACGGAGCCACGGGAAAGAAUGAAGGAGUUCUGGCAUCUCUUAUCUAAAAGUAGAUUUGGCAUCCCAAGCAUAGUCAUGUUCAGUCAUUGUCCAAGAAUCCAGGAUCCUGGCUUCCGCUGGGCCCCAUCAACAAUGAUGGGCGACACAGCCUUGCUAUUAUCCACAAUCGUGAGUCCAAGUGGGGGGCUUAGUCCAGAAGGUUUGCGAGUCACUCUACCUGGUGUGAUCUUCCAGCCGAUCGAGCCCCUCGGUGGGCUGCGUGCCUUUGUGCCCCGGGGUCUUUCAGCCCGCCCGACUUUCUUCCGCGAAGAGAAUGGCGACUGGUUCAUUUUCAGCAUGGAAGACGAGCAUGCGGCUCGGGAAGCCGAAAAGCAGGGAAAGGCGCCCUUCCAUGAGAUAUUGCUGGGGAUGAAUAAGGUCAUCAAGGACUCCCUUCCGGAAGAUUACCCCAAAUAUGCUGUCAUUGGAAACGCAAGCUAUACGGGCACAAUCACAGGCUGCUCGAGAGCUAUCUUGGCCUCAAUCCGUAAGCAGGAGAACGGUGUUAUCUACGUCAACAGUAUACAUUGCACGCAAGUACCGUGUCCUGCUGACAGUCUCCAAUCUCGUGUCCUAGAGGCGAUUUACAGAGACUUGACUGAAGUCCGUUGGAGCGCUAACAAUCAUCACGAUACCGAUGGAGCAGAUGAUACUUCAUCGUCGCCGCAGGCUGCCGGAAUUAGAAUCUUGGAGAACAACCCAGAGCUUUCUCAAGACCUUGAAAGAAUUUCGGGAAAUCCAGGGGUAUAUUUGCAGACGUUCUAUGCGCCGAUGAGCAUGGGUCGAUUUGUCGCACGGGGGAGAAUCUUAGGAUCGCAGGAAUGGUGUGUUGACUGA